GAUUCAUUUGUAUUCAAUGUCUUACUUAGGAUACGUCCUCAAAAUGCCAGAGAGAAACUGGAUAUGUGUAGGAAAUGUGUAACAUGUUAUGCUGAUCAAUUUCAAGUGGUAUUGGGCAAAGACAAAGCUUUUACCUAUGAUUUUGUUUUCGAUGAAAACAUCUGUCAACAGCAGAUAUAUGAUACUUGUGUUGAAUCUUUAAUCGAAAGUUGCUUUGAUGGCUACAAUGCUACAGUCCUUGCUUAUGGACAGACUGGAUCUGGUAAAACGUAUUCUAUGGGAACAGCUUUUGAUGUCAACGUUGAUCCGGAAAUUGAAGGGAUAAUACCGCGAGCUGUUAAUAAUUUAUUUAAUGGCAUAAAUAUUAGAAAACAAAAAGCAGCUGAAGAAAACUUACCUUCACCCGAAUUUAAUGUUACCGCUCAAUUUUUAGAGCUAUAUAAUGAAGAAAUUAUUGAUUUACUUAGUACGACUAGGAAUAUCGAACCUAAGGUUAAGAAAAAUUUAAAGAUACACGAAAGUCAAGAUGGAGAUAUUUAUGUUGCAGGUGCUACCUCAAGAACAGUGACAUCUCCAGAUGAUACAGCGAAGUGCCUCCAAGAUGGUACCUUGCUACGCACCACUGCUAGUACCAAUAUGAAUGCUCAAUCCUCCCGUUCGCAUGCUAUUUUUACAAUCAGCAUAAGGCAGACAAGAUUCGUAAAAACAAUAGAACAAUCUGACGAAUUAGAAAGUAUCAGUGCCAAAUUCCACUUUGUAGAUUUGGCAGGUUCAGAAAGAUUAAAACGUACUGGAGCAACUGGCGAUCGCGCUAAGGAAGGAAUAUCGAUAAAUUGCGGAUUGCUCUCGCUUGGAAAUGUCAUAAGUGCUCUAGGAGAUCAAUCGAAAAAGGCAACUCAUGUUCCAUAUCGCGAUUCAAAACUGACAAGAUUUCUACAAGAUUCAUUGGGUGGUAACAGUCGAACUUUGAUGAUUGCCUGUGCAAGCCCUUCAGAUUGUGAUUUCAUGGAAACGCUGAAUACAUUAAAAUACGCGAAUAGGGCUCGCAAUAUUAAAAAUAAGGUUGUGGUAAAUCAAGAUCAGGCUUCAAAACAAAUAGCAGCUCUACGUGCUGAAUUGCAACAGUUACGAAUUGAAGUCAUGGAAUAUCGCCAAGGGAAAAGAGUAGCAGAAUCCGAUGGAGAACCUAUUUAUAGCGAUCUACAUCAUGAAAAUGUCAUGCUUCAAGCAGAAGUUGACCGGCUACGCUCACGAAUUAAAGCGAUGCAGCAAGUUAUUGAUUCUCAAAAGGCUAGAAAUAUAAGCUUGGAAGUUAAUAAAGCAACUGAAAUGGUUGUAGCUGACCCCAGCAACAGUUUAGAUAUUUCCAAAGUCAUAGAGAAAUAUGUAGCGGAGAUUGAAAAUUUGAAGUAUGUAAUAGUUACUUGA